GUCCCUCGGACACAGCGGAUCACCGAUCACGGAAAGAGCCGAAGAUGGGACAUCUACACUGAUCAUCAGGGCACUGCUGAUGAGUGUGCCCUGAUGAUCUGUGUAGCCCCAGCAGUGCCACCUGUCAGUGUCCAUCAGUGCAUACCAGUGCACAUCAAUGCCACAUAUCAGUGCCCAUCUGACUUGCCUUUCAGUGUCACCCAUCAGUGCCAGUCAGUGCCGCCUCUCAAUGACAAUCAGUGCCGCCUAUCAGUGCCAGUCAGUGCAGCCUAUCAGUGCCAUAUAUGAGUGCUGCCUUUCAGUGCCCAUCAGUGAUGCCUGUCAAUGCCCAUCAGUGAUG